AUGGCAUCUUCAGCAGCCUCGGCCCCUUCUACCAAUAUUCUCGAAUCGCUGCCAGCUCGGCCGCCAACGCCUCCGCGCGAGGCUCCUGACAGGGUGGACAUUGCUCCCAAGUCAGUCGCGCAUCGAAACCUAGCCUUCGAUCCCGAACUGAGUCUCCAAACGCCCCCAAACGUGAAUUCACUCACAACUCCUGUCGCAACAAGCUCCAACCCAAACUCUAGCCGCACCCGCAAAAAAGUCGAGUGGUCGGCCCAUACAGAGUACCGGGAAGCGCCCUUUUAUCACAACAGCUUGAAACUCAACAAGUCGUCCCCUCCUCUCCCUGCUCCAUCAUCAGCGACUUCGAAACCCGUCAAGAGUAUUCUCAAGCCCACUUCGUCUCCGAACCCCCUAACUUCCUCCGUAACGAACCAGCUCAAUGGACCGAUAUUGCCGGUAAACAUAAUCGAGAUGCUCGACUCGACAAUUAAACAGCUGGCCGGCUCGGAUCGGGAUUCAAAGCUGGAUGCCUACAUGAUGCUCUCUCGAGCGCUCAAAGCCUCAAACAACCUCCCAGAUCGCGUUGCCCUGCAGGGGAAAAUGAGUUUAUUCAUGCAGUUUAUUCAGCGCGACAUCACCACCAGAGCAGGAAACGGAAGUCUCGACUCCUCUUUAAUCAACCAUUCUCUAACGUUGUUGGCUACUUUCCUUCACUUUCCUGCUAUUGCGGCUACCUUGACUGUGGAUUUCGGCAUUUUCAUCAUAGAUCACUCUGUCCGCUCAUUCGAAGAUGAAAAAUUGCCAAAAGAUGUGAUCAGGCACCUCAUGCAAGUAGUUGCCUUUCAAGACUUUUCUCCCAAGGUCAUGACGUUUGAUAGGGUAGGCCGGCUUGUGAAUUCUUUGCAUAGAAUUGAGAAACACCUCAAAGGCAAGAGUAUUAUUCUAAGCCGCCUACACAUCUACAAGCGCCUCGUGAAGCAAUCUCGGACUCAUAUGGCAGCUCACAGUGACUGGCUGAAGGAUCUGUUUACCGACUUGCUCAGUUCAGUAAGAGAUAUUCGCACGCAAGCCAUCACCUUGGGAACGGAGGCUGGCUUUGCCCUUCGAUCGCAAAAAAAUGUUUUGCGAAAGGUGACCGAUAUAUUUCAAGCAUGCGACGACAAUGAGGCUUAUAUUGAUUUCUACAUCAAGAGACUGCAAGGAAUGCUCAAGGAGAAGCAGUCUAGCUCUGCAGUUCCCCAGAUCUGGCGCGUGGUUAUCCUCUUCCUCCGUUGUCCACUUGACCGAUGGCAAUAUUAUGGGCCUUGGAUGACCCUGGUGCAGUCUGCCUUCAACAUGACGGACAAUUUGACCAAACAAGAAGCCAAUUUCGCAUGGAAUCAUUAUGUCUAUAUGUCAGUUUCCGAUGCCAAGCUGAGCCCGAAAGCAAUCGGUACUCUCUGCCAGCCUCUACUUAGCCAAUUACGGAGGAAGUCGAACCCUAAACAGCAAGACGAAGCGAUCAAGCUACGAAACAUUGUGAUUGGUGGAAUCUGCAAUUUAUACUACUACGCUUUCGCCCCCGGAAACGGCAAAUAUACCCCUGAUAUGCUGUGGGAAGUCACGGUCCAGCCAGUCAUAAGCCAACUCGCCGAACUUGAUCACAGAUCUGACACCCUUGGAGACGAAAUCAUGCAAGCAGCCAGAUUGCUUGUAGGCCUUCUCGACGCAACUACGCCCCGAAUAUGGAGACAAGAUCGUAUAAUGGAAAUGCCUCCUGUUAAAUCAGAUGAACUGCCUGGAAUUGACUCCAAGUGGACAAGGAAAAAUUGCGACAAAGUAUUGGACUCUGUCGGUCCAAUUGUUCUCCAGAAGUUUUACGAUCUUGCCAAUAAAGAUAGCCUGGUUUACAGGCUGUGGCAGGCCCUUAUUCAUUCCGUCAUGGUCGCCUCCGCAAAGGACAUUAAAGUGUCCGAUGAUACCACCAAAUUUGUUGGUUGUGCUCUUCGACUACUAGCAAAUGCGUUGACGACAGAAGCUUCCCGGUCAAAUGCAUCGAAUGCGAAGUUUCUUUCCAGCAUCUCAAACUUCAUCCAACUCCUGGUUAACGGCUUAGGUAUCCUACCAUUCACGGAGAAGAAACUUUCCAUGGCCAUACCGAACACUUCUGAACCAGCAUCCACGCCAUUACAGAAGCCAUAUCCAGCAGAGAAACCUCGCGAGCUUGUGCGUAUGCCGUUGCAUCACCUACAUGUUUUGGAAGCGGCGAGGUCUAAACUUUGGGGGGCUCCACCGAUGUUGUGCAAGGGCGGCUUGACUGAACCUAUGGACAGCUUGUACAAAGUCGGCAACCAUUUCUUGAAUUGGUUGUACAAUAAUUGCGGCGAAAACCCCGACAAAAUUGCAACCGCCAUGUCCCUGUUGAAGUCUAUCGAUCGUUUCACUGAACAGAACAUGGCACAGUUUGGACUAAUACCCGUAACCAAAUUGGAAAGCGGAUUGAGCGUGUGGAUAGAGGACAAGAAUGCUCAUCUUGCAUCAGUUCAUAAGUCUGUCUUGCUCCAAACUACCAUCACUCUGUGGGAUCGCGUCUGUUGCCAUAUCGCCAAACAAGGACGGCUAGAGAAGCAGGACAGAGAUCAAAUCACACUUCUCCUCGAGGCCGGUUUCAAGAGCACGCAAGCGAUAAUCCUUCAGAGAACUGCGGCGUUAUGGAACGUCAUUGUUAAUGAUGAGGAGGAUGCAGCAGGAUACGCGAAUUCUUUGUUAUCAAUCAUCUCGUCCAUUCAAUCCAAAGGCGACGCGCUUUUACCACUUGAUUUCACUGCCCACAGUGAAUAUGGUGCCCCAUGCCUGAACCCGCUGCAGAAAGAGUCGGCUCUUAUCAAUCCGCCGUUGGCAUCAAUUACUGAAAACGCUAGCGAGUCUUCUCAAUCUCCAGUAACGACUAUGCCACGGCGUGCUGUAACUAGGAGGACACCAGAGCUUAUCACAAGCUCAGCAAAACGAGCGAGCACACCACGCCUCCGACACAACAACUCGCAAAUACAAUUUGAGCCCAUCAUAUCGUCUUCGCCUCCGCAGGACGAUUCGCAGCACCUUACUGAGCGUCAGAAAGAGGUUCGAGAAAGGCAGCGAGAAACCACCGCAUUAUUCUCUGAGGGUCAAACGACCCCGCAGGGAGAUUCAGAUAGCUUGCCAGGUCCAGGCAAGGAACGGAUUAACCCAUCUGAGAGCAGCGAACAGAUUCAAGAGAGUACUCCAAAGCGCAGCAAGUCUUUUGAAGACGCGAUCACUUCCACGCCCACUCCUAGACGUGGCGAGGUCAUUCAAAUGGAUGAUUUCAACGACCCACCAUCUUCGCCACUCUUGCCUCGUCCAUACCCUCUACUUUCGGAGAUCCAGUCUCGGUCGCGUGCGGGCGGCGCCAUGGAAAGUUGGGAGUUUUCGUCCCCUCCAGGAUCUCCUACUGGCCACCAACAGCCAGAAUAUGCAGACCUGCCCAAGCACGCCGAAACCGUCACAGCUAAUAGAAAUCAGGCUACGACCUCCGCACCAGUUGUAGGUGUUACCACACGCGCAAGAAGAGCUCUUCAAAGAGCCGGCAUGGAAGAACAGGUAUCUGCGGAAGCAAGAUCCGCGGAACGACGAUCUGGAAGACGAGCGGAAGCAAAAGUCAAGAGGGAUGACGAGACUGAUUCAAAUCUGCGCUCUACUUCAGGGGUGGAGAAGUUUAUCAAGCAGGAAACUACAGACGCUGCGCUGCCAUUGCAAUCUACUUCUCGGCCAAUCAAACGUCAUGCAUGCAACAAGGUAUAUGACGAUUCCACUGUUUCCCCAGAGAAACCGGAAACAGCACCACGACAAAUAUCAAGCCAGGUAGUACCGUCCACACCAAUUGAACCUCCCCAUAGCAUCGCCUCGAGUGUUCCACGCAGGAAGAGGAAGCGAGGGGCGAGGAAUGGAGGAAAUCGCAUUAAGAGGCGACGCUCUGUUGAGAUUGAUGUCCAAGAGUCUCCGACACCUGCCACGCCUGGUUUCCAAAACGAACGAGCGGGGGGAGUUGAAACCAGGAGCGGCCUUCGUAGGCGACAGGAGCAGGCUGCUGUUGAUGAACGCAAGAUAAGGCGCAAGGAAUCCGAGCGACAGUCCGUUGAUCUCUGCAUUAACUUGGACAGCGGAGAUACCGAUGACGAGGUUGUUUCUCAGCUGGUAACGGAAUCAAAUGCUGCAUCCCAAAGUAUGUCUGACAAGGCGGAGGCCAUCGACACGGAGCUGAGCGCGGCCUCGAAGUCCGAGGCGCAGCUGAAAUUAGCGGAAGAUAACAUACGGUCGGCCCCUAAUGAAGAAGAGAAGAUGUCGAUCAUUGAAACCCUGCGUAAUGACCUGGAGCAGAUGCGCGGCUUGUCUCUCACUCGGGCAGAGGUUUACCAAGUAGAGGAUAUCUUGAUGGACAUGAAGCGUGAGCUUUUCGAAGCUGAAAGACGAGGACGAAGAGAACGAGGGUCUGGACGAUCAAGAAAGAGAAAGUUGAGAGACGAGUGA